UAAAACGAUUAAAUUAUAUUACAGAUAUUUAUAGAUUAUUUCCAUUAUUAUUGUAMAUUAACUUCAAAAUAAAAUGCUUAUCCAAUCCAUGUUUAUAGUCAUUUGGCUGAUCAUUGCCAUCAUUAUAUCUAUAGAUCCCGUAUCAUAUGCCGAGCCAUUCAUUGGUUGCACUUUUGAUUAUUUGGACACAGCUUUUAUAAUAGGAAAAGAUAACCUCUAUUAUGUAUUUUUCAAUGAAAUAGUCUAUAUUGGCGGCUAUAGGGUAAACAAUCAUCGGGUAAACAUACAUUCGCGCAACAAUAUAGUCUAUUUAUUCACAAACCAAACCUCUGGCCAACUMUUUGUCAGCUCCUAUACCAACAAUGAUGAGGAACCAGUUGUUGAGAUUAUUGUMGGAGAAAGCAAAGGCAUAUACAAGAGAUCUUUUUGUGAAUACAAAUUGAWARACAAAAAGUUUGYUUUUCUUUUUUCUGCCAAACAUUUAAAUGGAUCACAAUAUCCKUAUUUAGCAAAACUGACAGAAGUUGAUAAAGAGUCGGUCAGAAUGACAUCCGUUCCCUGCACUAGUAGCAGAUGGGACUGUCGAUUAAUGUCCUACAAAGACCACUCCGGCCGACAAUUGAUCAAACUAUAUGAUAACAACUUUCAAUUAAGAGGUGAAACACAAUUAGAUAAGAKUAUCAAUACUAUGUUAGUGAUUAGCAGACAGUUAAGCGACUCCAAUGUGCUAACUGUGCAAUUGUAUCUCAUGUUUCAAAUUGAAAAAGUCAAUGCUUUAUAUGAGUUGAAGAGCACCGGUGCUAAUCUAGUAGUCAAUCGUAUAUCACUGUUUAAACAAAAUGGUCACUGGAUUGACUGUCAACCUGAUCUGUGUCUUAAUGCAUACAUCAAUGCAAUUACAUUCAUUAAUUAUAUCAAACAAGUUAACUAUAGAAAUAUGGAAACGGCUUUUAUCGACCCGAGAAAUGGUAGACACUGUGCCGUCAGGUUUAAUAAAGUAAUGAAUCUUCAAGACAUCGAAAGUGAUAAUCAAAAUUUAGAUGAUAAACAACCGAUUGGACAGUUUGUGCUUAAAGAAAAAGGACAGAUGAAACAGUUAGGUCUUCCCAAUGAUUUAGAUACGGCUUUCAUUGAUGAAAAUGGAGACAAGAUAUACAUAAAAGGAAAUUAUCUAUUUUGGAGAGAGUAUGGAGUCAUACGGAAAUUAAUUGUCCAAAAAUAUCUUCGAUGUCCUCACAAUUACUAUGAAAACCUCAAGGUUUCCGAAAUCAAUUCGUGGCAAAAGUUUAYAAAAGAUAUCGAAACCUAUGAAUUGAUUGAUUUUACUGAACAACACUUUCCAUUGAUUCCAUCAACAGUUGACAUCAAUGAUGAUAAUGUAAAUAUCAUUGAAACGACUACUCACUUACCAAAUAACAACACAAUUACAACAAAAAACAUUGAUUUAUCUAAUCGCUGGACAAUUAUAAUUGCCUUAAUUAUUGCCUCUAUCUGUGCAAUACUAGUGUUUAUCUCACUAUUGAUUUGGUUUAUUAUCAGACAMCUGUCCACAAGUGAUGAAAGCACAUUAAAAAGUGAACGACAAAAAUAUUUGAAACAAAAGACAACAGUAAAGCCCGUAUACAUCGCCAGAAACUGUAUGAGUCCGGCCAGUCGUGUGCACCGUUCGCUUUGCAGUAGUGCCAAAAAUGUCAAAUGA